UUUAAAAGGCUCCGAGUUGCCCGCGGAUUUCUCCCGCGCGCAGCUGUGCUCUGGGCUUGCCCGGUGUUGAAUUAUCUUCCAACACUUGAGGGGUUAUUUUUUUAACUUAAAUCAAUGGCCUGCAGCGAAUGAUUUGCAACCCCACGGGUCACGUUGAGAAGUUUGUGCAGAAAGAUCGCCUCGUUACGUCGACUUCGGAGACCGACCCCUCGAGCCCGACAUUUCCCGGGGAAACCUCGCCCCGAAACCGAUUUGCUCAGAGGAGGAAACCACGGCAGGUCAAGGAGAGACUGACAUCCCGAGGCAUCCUUUGCAAUGCCUGCUGCAGUGCCGAUCCUGUUUGUCGACACUUCCGAGCUGAGCACACUCAGCUCUGGUCCUCGUACACAACUAAGCAGCCAUGAAGCUCUCUUUCCUUUCACAGAGGAGGUGUUUUUAUCCUCCUCUGCCAGUAUAUUGAUGCCUAAGAUUGGAGCAGCGUCCCAGAGCAGAGAUAGAGACUCAGGAAUAGGGCUGGAUGAGGACUAUUUGCCACGCGAAGCCUCGUGUUCUUCCAGUAACGACAAACCUGAAUUGACCACAGGAAAUGAAAAGUUUAUGGAAUUGGAUGAUUGCUUUGAGCCAACAUGUGACACUGCAGGUGCGGGCAUCCGUGGUUGUCGCCGGAGUUUAAGGCAUUAUCCUGUCAGCCCUGCGAAGAAGACAGCCAAAAUGCAACCGACCGCCACAGCUAGCCCCAACUUCCCAAAGCAUCCGUACGUUGAAUCUGCAGCAGCAGGCAGGGGGCACGAGCCGAUGUGCGAACAUUCGUUAAUCGUGUACGACCACGUCACUUUCCCCAGAAGAGAUUCCAACAAGCGCUCGCAUUCGCGAAGACUAACUCGCGCUUCUUUGCAAGGGAUUCCUCCAGGCUGUAGCACAGCCAGCGAGGGUGUUGAGCGUGUAGCCGCGGUGGGUGAAGCUGCUACAGAUGGAAGCGCGUGUCGGGUUUUGACCAGAUUCGCGCUCAAGUGCAGCCAUGUUCGCGAAUCGUCGGGCAUUGGUGGAGUUGGCGGUGGCGACUGCGGAAGUGGAGCCAGGGUCUGCUCGCACUGUGUCCCUGUGCCUAAUGCGGCGCACACGCCUGCCCUCAGAUUUGCCUGGGAGCUCGCCAUCUGCGUUCACAAGUGCCUGAACGUCGACGCCACAUGCAGCACUCCCAGCCACGGGAGGCAGGCGAUGAUGAACCCCUCGGCGCUCGUGAACCCUGAACUGAAAGCACGCCUCGUCCACCUCAUCGGCCGCAAAAUGGGCGAGGAGCACGUGGACAUUCUCGGUCAGCUGGCAGCACGAGACCUCCGACACGUCAUUCAAAAGGUCCUGCUGCACCUGCCAGCCCGCGAUGUCGCCAGGGUGCUGGUGGUGAGCAAGCAUUGGCAGGAGAUCGUCACUGCUGAGAGGAAGACACUGCGCAAACACUGGCUCAUUCAGAGUGCGGCCAGCAAGCAGACUCGCAUGUCCCGCUGCCUCCAUGACAUGAAAGAGAAUGGGAGUUUAUCUACAACCAGGGUGUUGAAACGACAAAAUCGCGCAUCGCGGGGAAGCAAGUCUGUGGGUCCGGGGGCUACGGAAACAAAGAGUGGUGGUGCCGCAAGAGAGCCAGCUGACAGGGCCAGCCGCUUUUUUAAGGCAACACGGGAGUUGUGUCAGGACGAGCAGCUCCGCGUGUGCCACCGCUGCAGCUGGCCGGCGCGCUGCACGCGCUCUCACACACGUGCUCUCUGCACAAAUGGCUCCUGCGCAUACGACUUCUGCACACGCUGUCUGUGUGCAUACCGUGGCAUGUGCAAAUGCUGCGCCAUGCCGUCAAACGGUGGCGCAGCCACAGCAGUGGGGAGCGGGUUGCCAGGCAGCAGGCGCAGCCGCCGCAACCUUCAACGGCUCUAAUUUGCCGGCUCCGAUUCUCUGGCUUUGAUUCACUAUGGCUGCUCGUAGAGUGAAGUUGAUUCUAUUGUUUUUCCAAGGACACUGGUGAAUGAGAUAGAGGUCUCGUUUGAUGUCUGUUUUUCUGUGGCAUACAGCAGGAUUCUUCAACUAAAUUAACCGACUGUCUACAAUGUUCUUGUCUGUAUAUCGUGUUCAUCAUCUCACGAAUCUUUAUUGCUUGCUUACAGGUCAUCCUUGUUAAGGUCUUUAGCAACUCGCUGUUCUGUAUCUCUUUGCCUAGGCGAGAUCUCUCUUACUGGGCCAUAGUUUGGCAGGACACUCUAAAGCCUUCUUAGUUGAAGAACCCUGGUGUUCAGUAUUACUUAAUGUCACAGUUAAUUUGUCACGUUGUUGUUCUCCUUAAACUCAGGUUUUAAAAAGGUCCUUGCAGUGCUUGCCGAAUCAUGUGUUCUAAUGAAAUUGCACUGAACUUACAACCAGCAAGGCGUGUGCAGGGUACACAGUUCAUAUAUUUCUUCUUACAUGCUACGUCUUGAAGACAUUUGUUUGUGGAACAGUGUUGUGGUAAGAGUUGUCAUGUAGUGUGUGAUGCCACUUAUUUAGACUGUGUAAAAUGUGCAACUUGGUACGUGUGAUAUAUCUGUAAUGUGCAGCCAAAAUAAUAUUCUUGCGGGGCUGUGUCCAAAAAAGCACUAACUAUAUAACAAUUAUCCUCCCAGAAUGACAUUUUGGAUAAAUAUAUUUUUAUAUCCCUUUUUUUAAAGAUGGGGUAUAUUUUAUUAAAUCCUUAUCACUUGACUAGUUAUUUUUUAGGAUUUCUGCUUUCCGUGCCAUUUUCAUGUCCAGGAUUUUACUAAAUUGUUUCCGAUACAUGUGCCUUAAUCCCCACCCAGAGAUUUACCAAGAAGAAAGACACUGGGCAAUUAUAGAUUAUUGUUCCACUUGCUAGGAUUGAGGUUGGUUGACAGAAUUUGAGACAUUGUUUUUCUGUGUCAACGCAAUCACGUGUGCAACAGUAGUAAACAGUGCAUGAACAUCUUAUAGACUGCUUGUUCCAACGAUUUACAGAGACCAAAGCUUCAAUGCUGGAAGCUGUCUCACGUUUGUAGAACAAUGUUGCCAACUGUGCCUUCUGAGAUCCAUAUUUAUAAUAUAAAACCCAUCUGUGCCUUAACUGUUAAAUGCCCUUAUGAAAUAUUCAAUUAAUUUGAGUACUAUUAUGAUUGCCAACUGAAUUGACGAGACAAUGUUUCUGGGGCAAAAGUGUUUUAUAUUUGCUUGUGCCCUGGUGGUUCGUGUAAUGAUUAACCAUACCAAUGUAAGAAUGAAUUAAGCUGUUUACAAUGGGAUGUGUGUGGACUUGUAAAUUAAGCGUAAGAGAUUAACCCACGCUCACAUUUCAGAUGUAUUCGUACAGCUGUAUUGUUUCCUGUUUAACAAUGCAAUAGCCAUAUACUUGAACUUUUACGAACAGUACAUACAAUUUUUUUAAUGGUUUAAUGCAAAUCUGACAUAAGUUGUAUUAUAAUAUUCUGGUGCGUGGUAAGUGGGCUUAAUGCGUAUUUAACUACAGAUUCGUUUUUAAAGUUACUGAUGCCUGUCGGCAACUUGCACACUUGCUGUUUUACACAAGGUUGCAAAUAUGCUGUGAUGAAUAGUGGAUACCUGUUUACAGUCGUCUAUGCGGGGUGCCUGCUGCUUAAAUAUAUUUUUGAAUGAAGACUUUCAGUGUAGCUUGCCUUGAAAAGAACGCGUUGCAAGCCACUGACUAAAAUUUAAUUGUCACAGAUUAAAAUGUUAUUUUUUAAAUGUGC